UCCGUGCUGCUGAUCGUGUCAGGUCAGAAUACUCGGAAUUUGAUGUCAUUUCUAGAAUGUCUGAAUCCUUCUUCGAAUAGUCAACACGUGUUUAAUAGUUUAUAAAUUGAUUGAUAUUCGUAUAUUUUUGAUAAUAUGGAUAGCGCCGUAACAGAAGAUGUACCAGAUGAACAGGAUGAAAAAAUUAAACAAUUCCAUGAACUGGGAUUAGACGAUAGAAUAUUAAAGGCUUUAGCAAAAUUAGGUUGGCCUGAGCCAACAUUGAUCCAGGAAAAAACAAUACCUUUAAUAUUGGAUGGAAAAGAUGUUUUAGUACGUGCACGAACUGGCUCUGGGAAAACUGGAGCCUUUGCAAUUCCUCUAAUUCAAAAAAUUCUUUCAAAUAAACAAACACAACAGUAUCAACAAACUACAAGUUUAAUUUUAACCCCAAGUAAAGAGCUAUGUAAGCAAAUAUAUAACGUCUUUCUAAGCCUUACAAUAAAAUGCAGUAGAGAAGUGAAAUAUUUGGAUAUUAGUCCUCAAGUUGACUUACUUGCUCAGAAAUCACUUUUAGCUGAGAAUCCCGAUAUUGUAAUUGCUACUCCUAGCAGAGCACUUCAGCACUUGAAAGCUAAAAAUUUAAAUGUCAAAAAGACCUUAGAAACAUUAAUCAUCGAUGAAGCAGAUUUAAUUUUUUCAUUUGGUUAUGAAGAAGAAGUCAAAACUUUAUUAACCUAUCUUCCAACAAUUUAUCAAGCUAUAUUAGCUUCUGCAACCUUAUCAGAAGAUGUAUUAUCUCUAAAAAAAUUGGUCCUACACAAUCCAGCUAUAUUGAAGCUUGAAGAGCCAUCGCUUGCUCCCCCAACACAACUGUCUCAUUAUACAUUAGCAGCUGAAGAAAAUGACAAAGCUGCUAUUUUGUAUGCACUGUUUAAAUUACAUCUGAUUAGGGGGAAAUGUAUAAUUUUUGUAAAUACUGUAGAUCGAUGUUAUAAACUUAAAUUAUUUCUUGAACAGUUUGGUAUUCCAACUUGUGUUUUGAAUUCUGAAUUACCUGCAAGUUCGAGAUGUAGAGCUGUUUCACAAUUCAAUACUGGCACAUACGAUAUAAUCAUUGCUUCAGAUGAAAAAGCCUUAGAAGAACCUCAUGUUAUCAAACAUAAAAAAGGAAAACGAAGAAAGGAUAAGGAAUCUGGUGUAGCUCGAGGAAUAGAUUUUCAGUUUGUUUCUAAUGUGAUCAAUUUUGAUUUUCCUCUCGACAUUAAUGCUUACAUCCACAGAGCUGGACGCACUGCAAGGGGUAAAAACCAAGGGACAGUUUUAAGUUUUGUAGCAAUCAGAGAGAGAUUCUUGUUACAAGAUGUUGAAGAAAGUUUGAAGAAGGAAUAUGCACAAGAAAAUUUAUUCAAAACUUACCAAUUUAAAUUAAAUGAAGUUGAAGGCUUUAGGUAUAGAGCUCGAGAUGCAUGGAAAGCUGUAACAAGAAUUGCUGUUCGAGAAGCCAGACUCAAAGAAAUUAAGCAACAAGUUCUAAACUGCGACAAGCUCAAAAGUUACUUUGAAGAUAAUCCACGCGAUUUACAAUCUCUUAGACAAGAUAAAGCUCUCCAUACUGUUAAGUUGCAACCUCAUCUACAAGAUGUACCAGAAUAUAUUGUACCUGCUUCAUUGAAAAGUUUAGCAGGGAUUGGGCGUCGAAAGCGAAAAUUUAACAGAGAUGUAGCUUCUAGUUCUAGUGCAGCAAAAUCGAAGUAUCAAGCCCGAAUUUCCAAUCCAUUGAUUGCAAUGUCUUUAUCAAAAAAGAAAAAAUAA